CCUCGUGUACGCUCGUCGUACCUCUGACUUUGUUAGACACAAUGGAUACGAGACGCGCCUGCACGCAAUCUCGGAAUCAUUAUUUCCUCGCGCUUGCGUCGCCACACUGACAUCGGACCCUGCUGUACGCGUAUUUCAGUCAGCGUUGCAUCCCGCGGACGACAACAUGCGCGAUCGAUUUCAACUUUCAGACAGGAUAUAUAAUCGUCAUUACGAGCACGACAUACGUUAUGCCAUGCAGCUGUGUCAGUGGAUCCUAAAACCGAUCGGUAUAUGGCAUAUGAUCUAUGGCCGUUCGCAAAGCGAGAAAUUCCUCUCGAUAAUCCUGAUUAUCAUAAGCUUCUUUCUCCUGUGCUUCGUACUUGUACCUUCCGGCCCGUACAUCCUGUUCCGCGAGAAAAACAUCGACGUAAAGGUCAAAUUAAUCGCCCCGAUUGGCUUCUGCUUAACUUCCGCGAUCAAGUAUUGCUUCCUCGGACUGCGCGGCUUGGCGAUCGGACGAUGCGUCGAGCACAUCGAGAGAGAUUGGCGGGUGGUACGAUAUUGGGAUCAUCGCAAAAUGAUGUUGAGGAACGCGUUGGUGGGUCGCAGAUUGACCAUACUGAGCGUGCUUUUCCUUUACUCGGGCGGGAUGUCCUACUACGCUAUUAUGCCAUUCUCCUCCAGGACGAAGAUAAAUGGCAGCUACACGAGUAGACCACUAAUUUAUCCCGGAUACGAUCGUUAUGUCGAUCCUCAAGUCAGUCCCGCUUGGGAGAUCAUCUUUUGCAUGCACUGCCUGUGCGCUAUAGUACAAUUCACCGUCACGACGGCAGCGUGCAGUGUGGUAGCGAUAUUUGCUACGCACGCGUGUGGACAAGUGCAGAUAUUGAUGACGCUCUUGGACGAUCUGAUUGUGGGAGAAAGAAAUAAAGAUACUACCGUGGAGAAACGUCUGAGCUUGAUAGCGAAGCAUCAUGUGCGAGUGCUAAGAUUUACGGCCAAUGUGGAGGAAGUACUACGUGAAAUAUGUUUACUGGAACUGAUGUCGUCAACCUUGAUUAUAUGCUUGCUCGAAUACUACUUCUUAAAGGAAUGGGAGAAUAGCGAUGCCGUGGCUAUCUUCACGUAUUUUAUUUUAGUAAUAUCAUUAACAUUUAACAUUCUAAUCUUUUGUUACAUCGGCGAACUCAUUGUGGAAGAGUUUAGCAAAGUUGACUUGGCUGCGUAUGAACUUAAUUGGUAUGAUUUACCAGGCUAUAAGGCUGUUGAUCUCGUCCUGAUCAUCAUGAUGUCUCAUUAUCCACCCAAACUUACAGCUGGCAAGAUUUGCGAUUUAUCUCUUGAUACUUUUAGUAGCGUGCUUAAAACAUCCCUUGCGUAUUUAAAUUUACUUCGGACAGUGACGUAAUAAAACUUACACGGUUUUGUUUAUCAUUCUUGGUAACAUUUAUGUUACAUGUAGAAAUAUAUUUUCUCAAGAAAUGUAUAGCAAUUGAUAAUAAA